AUGAAGGCAAUGAAGAGUAUGAAUGUCAACCGGAUGCUGGGAUCUUUAAAGCGCAAACCCAGAGACACAGACGCCCCUGAAGGAGCUGGACCUACAGCUGGACCUGCAGACUCGCAAGCCGAUACCCCAGAAGCAAAUGCGCUGCGCAAUGUUCGACUGUUCUGCGAAUCUGGUGGACCGAAUGGCUCCGGGGAAGAGGUGCUUUACCUCCCUACGAUUGUCGAAUCUUGCGAAUCCUCCCCCUCCGCGGCAAAGGAGUCCGCGCAUCUCAUUCGAAAGUUCCUCUCCAAGGACAACUUUGCGAAACCUUAUAUACAAUACAAUGCCAUCAUGCUGAUCAGAAUACUGUCCGACAACCCUGGCAAGACGUUUACAAGAAACCUCGACUCGAAGUUCGUUCAGACGGUGAAGGAGCUGUUGCGAUUUGGAAGGGAUCCAAGUGUCAAGCAGAUCCUUAUGGAAACGCUCGAAACAUUUCAGAGAGAUAAGGCGAACGACGAGGGAUGCGCGCAGCUCAACGAGAUGUGGAAAAAAGAACAUGAGCGCAUGGUCAAAAUUCACGGUCCAGCAGGUCCUCGAGUCAACGCUCCUCCUCCUGUCGAUCCCCACAGCCAAAACUACUUUUCUCGGAACCACCACAGCCACCGACUCCCUCCUCCCCACGAACUCUCCUCCCGCAUCGAAGAAGCUCGAACUUCGGCGCAAUUACUUUCACAGACAGUCCAGAGUACACCGCCCUCCGAACUGUUGCAAAAUGAACUCGUCCGGGAGUUCGCUGAUCGCUGCCAGAGUGCGAGUAGGAGCGUGCAAGCAUAUAUGAUAGCGGAGAACCCCUCACCUGACAACGAUACCAUGGAGACUUUGAUCGAAACAAACGAACAGUUGAGUAAAGCGAUGAAUCGACAUCAGCGUGCGAUACUGUCAUCGAGAAAGGCUGCAGGGUUGGGCAAUGGAGAGACUGGCAUAACUCCUCCCAAUGGGCCGCCUCCAGGACACAUCGAGUCUGACUUUGCAGCUCCUCCUGGCCCUCCGCCAAACCAUAGCAAGCCUUCGAGGAAGGAUGUGGCUACAGCGCCACAGAUACCACCCCCUGGCGAUUACGCUCCAACAGACGUUGACAGUGAAAACCCCUUCUCCGACCCUUCUGAGAUGGCCUCGAAGCCGGAGCAGAAGCCGCCCUACCCAAAAGACAAGCCUCCUACUGCUACAGGGCAGUUCAAUGACAGGUUAGGCAUUGAGCCAUACCAUCCUGGAUUUCAGGAUACGCAGAGCUACAUUGGGAGACAGGAAAGUGCUACUGGAAAGCUCACAAUGCACGCAGCUGGUGACACAUCGGACGAAGACAAUGUGAGGAUUGAGGGAUCUGGCACACAGCCUAGUGCCAAGGCACCAGUCUACCGGUAUUGA